ACGAUCCCGCCGAAGGAAAGGCUACGUGUCUGGAGCGUUCUCGUCUCCAUAGUAACAGAUCCGAAACAAUACAAGUUUCCGGCGAGCAGGCAGGCAGCACGGCACUUCGAACAGAUUUGGAAAAGCAUUUGGAAAUAAGUAUCUGACUUGAAGAUAUCCUUAUGCCAAAACAGAAGUCUCACAGUGCAAAUGUUACCAAGAAGAAGAAGCAGCCAUCUAAAAAGCGCUCAAAAAGUGCAAGCGCAGCAAAGGUUGAAGUGGAUAUCUUGAGUCCUGCUGCCAUGCAGAAUGCCUACUACAUUUCUCAUGAUGCUGCAGACUGCUUAAAUUUCCGGGGCUUUGGCUGGUCAGGAUCAACAAAGAAGAAAGGAAAAAAGGGCAAGAAGGGCAAAAAGAAAUGAGACUUCUUACUGUAGAUUAAAGGGCUCCUUUAUUGUAAACAAGCUGCAUUUUUAUAAUACAUUUUUUAUAGUUAAAUACA